AUGAAUCGUUGACAAUGCGCCAUAUAUGUCAUAAACACGGUGGUCAAAUGAAGUUAGAUCAUUAUAUAGAGUCAAAUAUUAUAGAGUUCAGUGAGUUAGAUGUUUUUUUAUGAAUUGGAGGUGCUGCGUGAGUAGCAUAGAUUGAGAUUCAUUCAAAUAUUUAAACUGAUCAAUCCCAGGUCCUGCUGGUACCGCACAGCAGCCUUGCAAUGGCUGAGGACUGGCUGACGUCAGCGGUGAAUGGCCUGUCUCUGGAGCAGGAGAUGUCUGGUGGGGCUCGCUCGGACAGCCCCUCUCUCAGCUCCAACAUCAGCCAGCUGCUGAAGAGCACACGGCGUGAUCGAGCCGAUUUGGAGGCGAGACUCGCCCAGCUGCGCGGCUUCAUACAGCAGACUGAUGAGGUGAUGCGUGGCAUCCUUGAGUCAGGUGAUCCAGCUCUGGCUGCAAAGUACAGCCACCUUGCUGGCACAAGGCGCAGUCUGGAGCAGAAUGCUGCCCACUUGCAGGAGCUCCUGCUCAAGGUCACAGAGUCUGAGGCACGGGCUCGCCAGCUCGCCGAGCGCGGACGACAGUUAGAAGCGGAGGAGGCGGGUAGUGAGACUGAGGCGCUGGCGGGCGCGGCCGGUGCCGGUCCGACCGCAAACGACCGGCCCGAUCACGAGCAGAAGGUGGCCGUGGUACGCGGCAGACCCGGCCCGGGAGCCGCCCGCAAACGGGACGGUGGGGACCCGGCCGGCGACUCACUGCGCGCCGCCGUACUACACAACUGGGGCAACAUGGAGCGCUCCGGCGCCGGCCGCCCGCGCACCUUCUCGGCGCAGGAAGAGCCGGCUGAGGACAGAGAGGCGGACGGGCCGGCCGCUGUGCCGAUGGAUCGUCUGCUGCGGGCUCUCCGCGGAGAGCCGGCGCGCUCUGCGGCGCCACCGGCCGGGCCGCUGCACGGUGCCGAGGCCGCGCUGCGGGACAAGGCCAUGGAGCUGGACGCCACCCGCCAGAAACUGCAGCAGCUGCGGCAGCUGAUGGCGGCCGUGCAGGACGCGCGCCUGUCGGGAGCCACCACCGCAGAGGCGCCGCCCGAUCUGCGCGCGCUGCUCGGUGAAGUGGAGGCCGCUCUGGACGGCGCAGAGGGACUGGAGGAGGAGCCGGAGCGUGGAGACACCCGCGGCUGUGAGGAUUACAACGGCGGUCGAUCGAGCGGGCCGCACUCACUGCCGCCGACCGGCGUGAUGCGGCCGAUGGGCCGGGUGGCCCGAGGCACUCCGACUCGUGAUCCGGCGGUGAUGAGUGCCGGGCUGCGCCGGUCAGCAGGCAGAGAGGUGCCGCCGCCUCCCCGGCCGGCCAGUGCUGACCGGGUGGCACGCGCCGCCUCGUUGGAGCCGUCGUUCCUGAUGGGUCGUCAAGUGCCGGCCGAGCGCCCACCGUCCCCUGAUGGAGACAUGCGCGCCCAGCUGCAGCACGUCACCGCCAUGGUUCAGUCGCUCUCCCGACAGCCGUGGUCCCAGCACCACGCCUGGCCGGGAAUGUACCACGCCGGGCACCCGACACCCCCGCCGCCUAUUGUGCCGGGUCAGUAUCCGCUGGCUGGGUGGUCAUAUGCGUCUCCUACACCGCCUCCGCCGCCGACCGCCACCCCCGACAUGCAGCACCAGCAGACGCUGUCGGCGCUGGGACAGUGCUUCCAGCUGCUGCAGCGACAGCAGCAGCAGAUCAUGGAGAUGCAGCGUCAGAUGCAGACGACGGCAGCGGCGGUGGCGUCCGCCUCUCAGCCCGCGACGCCGGCGCCGCCGCCGCCCCCGCCACCUCAGUUCUUGGCGCCGGGCCUACUCCGAGUAGAUGAACCGCCCACCAUGGAGCUAGCUGACGGCUUCGGGCCGCAGUCACGCUCCAUGCUGAACAACCAGGUGGCUCCGGGCUCGCGUGCGAACAACUACUGGGAUAACUUCCGCAGUUACUCGCGUCAAAACCUGCUGUCUGCCGGUACGGAGGGAGAGCGAGAGAGCGAGCGUCCGCGGGGCGACAGUGAGAGCCAGGAGGAGCCCCGUGCCGAGGGAUUCAUGGCUCGUCCGCGCGCCAAGAAACAGAAAGUGAACAAGGAGAACCAGCAACUGGACCGCGGCGCCAGCAACACUCGCGCUGCCGCGGUGCCAGACCCGAGCCGACCGCGCGUGCACCGCGCCUCCACGCCGCAGAACAACCCGCAGGUGGACGCUAUAUACAGCUGUGUGACGGCGCUGAUCGCACAGAACCAGGAGGAGCCGGAGUUUCUGAUCAAUCUGCUGCACGACUUGCAGCUGGUGCGCACGGAGUGCCAGCGCCGUCAGGUGCAGCUGGCCGUCCAGGCGAUCGUCGUCGAGGAGCUGAGCGGCGCGCGUCACAAGCAGCGCAACCGGGCUGCCUCAGCGUCAGCGGCAGUGUCUGCUCCGCAGGCCUCGGCCGGACACCACCUGCUGGCUGCUGAGCGGGAGGAGAUCAAAUCUCACCUCGUCAACAAGCACACCAAGAAUCUGUCGCACAGUCUGCGCCCGGAGGCGGCCGAGGCUGGUGGUCACUCGGAUAUCGAAGACACCACAACCAAGAACCUGGCUCCGCACAAGAACGCUGCCAAUAAGAACACGGCUAAGCCAAAGACGUUCGAGCCGCCCAGCAUGGGUCCUAUGGGACUGGGCCCGCUGCCACUCGAUGAUUCGGAGCUGCAACUGGCGCGGCUGCUACACGAGAUGAAUGUUUUCCUGAACGACCACCAGUCGGCGCUGCUGUCGGCGCCGUUGCUCGCGCGCCUGGAGCGUCUUCUGCUGCGCGCGCUGUGUCAGGGCCACGCCGCGCCGCCGCCGGGACUCAACCAGCAGCUGGAGCAGGCCAUGGUGCCGUUCAUGGGCCACCCGGUGGCCGAGUCCGGAGGCCGUCUGGUGCAGGCCGUGCUGGAGCGGCUGGGCGCCCUGCUGCGCGCCAGGGAGCUGCCCCCCUCGCCGCCGGCCGCCGAGCUGCCGCCGCCGGCCGGCCUGGCGCCGCACGGCCUCGACUCUGAGUCUGAGGAUGAGCAGCGACCGACCGACCUGGCCGACAAGAGACACGAACGACAGGGAACGGAGCCGAAUGCACCGGCACUGCAACAUCUACCGGCCGACGACGGGCCGCAGACCAUCCCUGAACAGGAGGUGCCGACUCUGAACGGUCGGGAGGGGCCACAGGAGCGGCCGACGGGCGAGCCGGCCGACCCGUCUGCCCCCUACCGGCAGCUGGGCACUCCGCGGGACACACCCGAGCCGCCCGGGACGCACGAAUCUGCCAACGUGGCCGAGCCAGAUACCUAGGCCGGCGGAAUCUCGGGUCCCUGUGGCCACCACAAGCACCGCACAGGCGUCAUCCGCCAAGCGUCAUCGGAUAUCCGUCAAGCCACCGUCGGCGUCGUCUUCUAGUUGAGUUCAGCGACGCUGCUCGCGUUCUUUGCCGUUAUCGUUAAGUUUUGCCGUGCGCCUCGCGGGCCACUGGCAAGUGUUGGUAUCUCAGUUGCGCGGAUGGAUCUGUGUCGUACGCACGUGCCUCAAUGUCGUCAACUGCCGCCAGUUGUCCAGCUUUGGCCACGCUAAAUAAGCGACGCUUUGGUUUAUGGCUGGUGGCUGGCUCGCUGUUAGGUCAUCGGUGCGUGAAAAGUGUUAGCUGUGAUUGUUUCCGUUCACCGAGCUCAGUUUUUGAGCUUUUGGCUUCUGCUGCUUUCUGUAAUAUGAUACAUAUUAUGGCACAUUAAGAAUUAAUAAAACUACAAUAAAAUUAUGAAAUGUC